CAUGUUGCACAUUGUUUUGAUUAUAUCAGACAAAGCCUCAUAUGUUCCGGAGACACGACUUUGGAAGCGUUCUUGGAGGCAGACGGUGAAACGCUGAGAAAGCAAGGCUCCAGUGGAUGGGGUGUAGCGCACAAAUGCGUUGAUUUUGAUGCUUUGAGCAGAUGGACGGAUCAGCACAAAGACCCUGGUCCAUAG